UUAGUCGCGAAACAAAGAAAGAUGAAAAUGAAGUUUUUAAUCACUUUGGUUGGCUUGUCAAUUUUUCAAUGCGUCUUGGGAAACGCAAUUCCAAAUUCUGAAGGAGCUGAAUACGGGGAUAAGGUUCAAGGUGACUUAGUUGUGACUAACGAACAGUUCAAUGAAAUGUACAAUCCUUCAAUGAGGUCUGGCAGAACUGGUCUGCUUUCAACGAAUUAUCGUUGGCCGAAAAAUUCUGCUGGCCAAGUUGAAGUUCCUUACACAUUUCGGUCUUCAUCUGGAUUCACAACAUCUCAACAAAAUGUAAUUAUCAGUGGAAUGCAAGAAAUUGAAAAAUAUACUUGUGUGAGAUUCAUUAAAAGGACAAAUCAGGUUGAUUAUGUUGAGAUUAUUAGCGAUAGUGGUUGCUGGUCAUAUCUUGGGAGACGAGGAGGCCAACAAACCUUGUCACUGCAACGAAAUGUGAAUGGAUAUGGAUGUGUUUGGAAAGGAACUGCAAUACACGAAUUUAUUCAUGCUCUUGGAUAUACUCACAUGCAAAAUCAUAUUGAUCGAGAUAAAUACGUGAAAGUUUACUUGGAAAAUGUUUCUUCAAGUCAACGACAUAAUUUUGAAAAAGUUACUUCGUCAUCUCACGGAAACUUCAACACUGAAUAUGACAUCGAAUCCAUCAUGCAUUAUGGAAGUACAGCAUUUUCAUCUAAUGGUAAAUACGUCAUGCUUCCUUAUGACAGCAGUAAGCUCAGUGUUAUGGGACAAAGGGAAAGACUUUCAUCAGGGGAUAUAGCAAGAAUUAAAAACAUGUAUCAAUGUUAAGAAUAUUUCAGAAAUCAUUCGAAUGAAUAAAAAAUUUGGCAAUCUAAAACCUUGAACUCUUCACUUAUACAACAUCCGAUUAACGCAAGUUAUCAUUCGCUAAAGACAAUUUCCCAACAUUCACUUUUAAUCAGAAAAGGUUAUUGCUUUCAAUAAAACAAUAACACGUUGGGGAAUCACACAACUCAUAAAAAAUAAAAAGAUUGCGAAAAUUCUCAACACAUAACUUCCGAUUAAAAUGAAAACAAACGCAACUUGUUGAUUAAAUAAAACGUCUUAUCAAAUAUAGAACUGAUUUGAGGUUGUCACUUGAUUAACUCAUUACAGAUUGCAACAUUUCAUAAGAAACUUAUCUAUUAUCG